UGAAUAAAAAUCACAGGCCAGCGUUUUGCCAACAAAUGUUGAGCAUUUUUUGCAGAUAUUGGUCCUUUGAUCGAUCUCCAUCACUUGGUUGACAUACCAACUAAAACAUUGUGCAAAUAAAUGCAGCAACAAAGGAGAAUUAUAAGCGUUUCUCUGAAACACAUGUACACCUGAUCAACAAACAGGGUUGACAGUGUCUCUGAUCCUCGAUUUUUACAGUUCAACAAAAACAAAAAAUGAUUCUGAGAGCUCUGAUUGUGCUUCUUUCACUGCAGUUAUGUACUUCCAUUGACACUAUAACUCCAACCAGUCCGCUCAAAGCCGGUGAUGUACUGACAUCAAAAUCAGGAAAGUUCACUCUAGGAUUCUUCAGCCCCGGAAAUUCAACUCGAAGAUACGUCGGAAUUUGGUUCACUAGGGUGUCUGUACAGACUGCUGUUUGGGUUGCUAACAGAGACAAACCAGUCAAUGAUUCAAAUGGGAUCCUUUCGAUCAACGAAGACGGGCAUCUUACAAUCAAAUCUGGGAAAACUGUUAUAUGGUCAUCGUAUAUUUCAGUUCCAGUGAACAAAAUCAACAGCACCUCAUGUCAAUGUCAGCUCCUAGAUUCUGGGAAUUUAGUCUUGAAUACUGAUAAUGGAAAAACUUUGCUGUGGCAGAGUUUUGAUCACAUAACAGACACUUUCCUACCAGGAAUGAAGCUCGGGUUGGAUAAAAAAACCGGGUUAAACCGCUAUUUAACCUCUUGGAGAUCAAAAGAUGAUCCAAGUCCUGGGAAUUUCUCCUUUCGGGUUGACCCAAGUGGGUCUCCUCAGUUCUUCUUGUAUCAAGGGUCGGACCCGGUUUGGCGGUCUGGUCCUUGGGUAGGACAGAAAUGGAGUGGUGUUCCAGAUAUGACGCGUGCUUAUAUCUUCAACUAUAGCUUUGUCAGUGAUGCAAAUGAGGUUUCUGUAACCUACAACGUUCUCAGUGAUUCAAUCAUCACAAUCUUUUUGGUAGAUGGUGUUUCAGGAACAGUUCAGAGACGAACUUGGCAUGAUAAUACUAAACGAUGGACCGAGUUUUGGUCUGCUCCGAAGGAGUUUUGUGAUCAGUAUGGGGAGUGUGGUCCUUUUGGUAGCUGCAAUUCAAACAGCGGCAAUCAAUUUCAGUGCACUUGUUUUCCUGGGUAUCAACCAAAAUCACCACGAGAUUGGUACCUGAGAGACGGUUCACAAGGUUGUGUAAGAGAAGAAAACAGGUCAAUGUGCAAAAACAGAGAAGGAUUCUUGAAGUUAGCAAGCGUCAAGUUGCCUGAUACAUCAAAAGCUGUGGUAAACAAGAACUCAACGUUGAAAGAGUGUGAAGAAGAAUGCUUGAAGAACUGUUCUUGUGUAGGAUAUACGAGUGCAGAUGACAGUGGUGGAGGCAGUACUGGCUGCAUUUCACUCUAUGGUCAGUUGACAGAUACCAGAAUGUAUUCCAGUGGGGGCCAAGAUGUAUACUUUCGGGCCGAUGCAGUUGAGUUAGCAAAAUAUGAAAAAUCGAAAGGCCUUUUUGCAAAUAAAAAGCUGGAAAGAAUUGUCAUAGGGCUUCUGGUACCAACAUCCACAUUAUUGAUCUUCUUUGUGGGGUUUUGGGUGCACCGGAAGAUAAGUAAAGAGCGGGAAGAAGCAGCUGAAAGGUCCCUUUGGACGAAAGAUGCUGACGACAGUGAUGCGAGUUCAGAACUGCCCUUCUUUACUCGUAGCGAAAUAGUUGCAGCUACAGACAAUUUCAGUUGGACUAAUAAGCUUGGAGAAGGUGGCUUUGGAGCAGUGUACAAGGGCCGAAUGAAAAAUGGGCAAGAAAUUGCUGUGAAAAAACUGGCUCCAAAUUCAGGACAAGGUAUACAGGAAUUUAAGAAUGAAGUUAGACUGAUUGCUAAACUUCAGCACAAAAACCUUGUGAAGAUGUUAGGGUGUUGCAUUAGAGGAGAGGAGAAGAUGUUGAUCUACGAAUUCAUGCCAAACAAAAGCUUGGACUAUUUCAUUUUCUAUGAGGAGAAUAAGGUGUCUUUGGAUUGGAAAAAACGCUUUGACAUCAUAAUGGGGAUUGCUAGAGGGAUGUUGUAUCUUCACCAAGACUCGCGGUUAAAGAUCAUUCAUAGGGACAUGAAAGCAAGCAAUGUCUUGUUGGAUAAAGACAUGGUUCCCAAAAUUUCAGAUUUUGGCAUGGCUAGAAUAUUCGGAAAUGAACAAGUACAAGUAAACACCACCAGGGUGGUUGGAACCUAUGGGUAUAUGGCACCAGAGUAUGCAUUGGAGGGAUUGAUGUCAGUAAAAUCGGAUGUUUUCAGCUUCGGAGUCUUGUUACUGGAGAUUAUUAGUGGUAGAAAAAACUCCGGCUUUUAUCCUGACAAUCCUUCUAUCAAUUUAGUUGGACAUGUUUGGGAGCUUUGGAAAGAAGGAAGAUCAUCAGAGAUUGUGGAUCCAUAUUUGAAAGGAGAAGCUGAUAUUGAGGAACUUUUAAUAUGCAUACAAAUUGGACUGUUAUGUGUGCAAGAACGUGCAGAUGAUAGACCAACAAUGUCAGAAGUAGUGUUUAUGUUGAGCAACAAAGUCGAACUUCCUUCUCCGAAUCAGCCUGCGUUUGUCCAUAAAGGACGUUACCAUGAUGCAGAUCCAUCAUCGUCAAGUGCUGGAGCUUAUUCAGUAAAUGAUCUCUCGGUUACUUUCAUUGUUGAUGGUCGCUAAGACGCUAAGCUCGUUCGGUAUAACUGUAACUUUUCGAUUUUUGGUUUUUUGUUUUUCAAAGUCAAUGGUAUAAAUUUAGAUU